AUGUCUCAUUCUUCUCCUAUUGGAACGACACUCACUCCCUCGAAACCAAAAGACGCUCUUCUCUCUGCUUUUGUUCGUUCCUCUCGAGGAGUUGGAGCUUUAUCUGACUUUCGUUAUAAACUCUCUAGGGGAAUCAUUGUGGUGUUUCAAAUCCUGUUGGGAAUCCUCACAUUAGGAGUUACAGUUCUUACCAAUGGUUCAGGAGCUUUAAUUGCUGCUCUCGGAGAAAACACUCCUGUCAUUCAUAAUUUGGAGGUGGCUGUGUUUGUAGUUUCUGCCAUCGUAUUUGCCUUCCUUAUUCACUUUGUGUUUGGAAUUUUGUAUGUCAAUGGAUGGAUGAUGAUGAAAGUAUUAAAAGCUGGCGAAUUGAGAGCUCGUAACAUGAUAACCACCCAUCUCUAUACUUUCCAUCAUGAUGAUCUUCAUGAUAAGGAUGAUUUAGAAAACAGCCAGCAUAUGGAUCUUUCCAUUCACGAUCGUUCUGAUACUUCCUCCCUUCCUACUUCUCAAAGAGAUCAUUCGGCUGAACUUCAACAACACUACAGUGGAGAACAAUUGAAAAUCGUCCAAAUGAAACAACAAGCUCUCAAAAGAGUCAUUCAAAUCAUUUUGGGCGUUACAGCAUGCAUGGGUCUUCAAUUCAUUGGUGUUUGUUUCAUUCCCCUCUAUUUUCUGAACGUCUUCUUGGCCUUUGGCUUUUAUGUUCCGUUCAAUCUCUCUAUAGUUGGCUUGGUGAUAAUGUUUUUAAGGAUUGAGAAACGAGUGAGGGAGAUGCAAAAAUUAUUUGAGAAAAAGAAUAUGAAGGAACAAGAAAAGAAACAAACGGUUAACUCUCCUUUGAGUGAUGGAAGAAAGAAUGAAUGA